CUUCCUGACCAAGAAAACGCUGGACUCUGUUCAGAAAACUCAUCGUUGGUCCAAGAAUGUGGGAGCAACAAGAAUGUGGGAGCCUUACAAAAACAAAUAUCUGGCAUCAGAUUUCCUUGUAUGAAGAAUGGGAAGACAUCAAGGUGGAUAAACAGUAAAAACGCAGGAGACAAUAUGUCCCAAGUCGAAGAGACCUCCAUGGAUGUGAUGCUUUCUCGGUACAGGCUAGAGAUAAAAGCAACUACGGAACAAGGAGACAGAGAGGAAAAAGGCAGCUGAAGAAAAGGCAAAGACGAAGCAAGUCGAAGAAGACAUAACGAAACAUAUAGGUCGAAACAAGUGGCCUCACAAGAUUUCAAGGACGGAUCAAAAGAGCAAAACUCAACUAGUGAUGGUGAGUGGAGAACAAGACAGGAAAGAAGAAAACCAAAACCUGAACCUAAAGUUGAAAAGGAAGGAAGACAGGGAAGAAGGAAACGGGAAUUACGUACCUAAAGUGCAACCAUGGGUUACGGAUGAUGUUGAAGUUGAUCCGCACAGGCAAGCAAGAUUGAAGCAGAAAAUGGAAAUACUGUAUGUAUAAAUAAAAUGGAGAGGUCAGAGUUUUACAAAGUAUUCUCAAAACAGAUAAAGUCUCGUGAGAUGUCAGACCACUUCCGCGGCAUGUUAGGAUCUCAACCGCAGCUGCAGAUGGUGAUAUACGGUAUAGGCAGCAUCGAGUACUCUAAGGGAUCAGGUCCAAGGUUUCAGCUGAGCAUUGCAAUCUUGAUGAAGAGAGAGUUUGAUUGGGUUGGUAACGACCAGUCCUCUUCGCAACAGAAGUUAGUGUCCUAAAAUCUCUGGGAUGCACCGUUCUAUCUGUAAACGAGGAAGCUCGCAGAGAAGCUCUAAAGCCUACUCUUUUCUUCAUGCCAUUCUGUGUGUACAGAGGGAUUUUAGAUCAAAAUUGUUGUUUUCAAAAGCUCUUUGAGACUUUGACUGUUUCGGAAUAUGGACCAAAAGUGAAACUUUAUCGUCUAAUUUUUUUCGUUCUAA